AGUGAAUAGAAAACCAUUACGCUGCACAAUGCAUCCGUAAAUACUUGUUCCACAUUUGUAUGCCAACCUUACUUAAAGACGUCGUCUCGUACAGUUAAGUAAAGGCCGUCGCCGGCGUCGCGGUGGUGUUCACGUUUUCGAUUUCAUUUGUGCUAAACAGUGAUUUUCCUCAAAUUGGGCAUGUGAUCCAAAAUGGGUAGCGUCACGAAGGCCACAUUAGGAGGAAGCAUACACCGAAUACGAGAGUUCGAACUUGAGAAGGUGAACUUGGCCGACGAGUUUGAUAUACUUCAAAUUGUGGGCGAAGGUUGGUUUGGUAAAAUUUUGCUUGUCGAGCACAAGGCAACGGACACCGAGAUGGUUCUUAAAGCCCUACCGAAGCCCUACACGGCGUUACGGGAUUUUUAUCGUGAAUUUCAUUACGGCCUUCAUUUGAGCACGCACAAGAAUGUCAUCUCCACUUACGACGUUGCCUUUGAAACGCCCGGUUUCUACGUUUUUUCCCAAGAAUACGCACCUCUAGGUGACCUCACAUCAAACGUUUCCGAAACCGGAAUUGGAGAGCUUCAUUCAAAAAGGGUGGCCAAACAGCUGGCAGCAGCGCUCGAGCACCUCCACAACCGAGACUUAGUUCAUCGAGAUGUGAAAUUAGACAACAUUUUGGUGUUCAAAUCGGACUUCUCUCGCAUUAAGCUUUGCGAUUUUGGUGAAACGCGAAGAACCGGCGCCGUGGUGUUGAGACGAAAUGAAUGGUUGCCAUACGCGCCGCCGGAAGUCCUCGAAAUACCCAACGACAAAAAUUACAAGGCCGAUACGUCGCAUGAUGUGUGGCAGUUUGGAAUCGUCAUCUUCGUGUGCCUCACCGGCUGCUUGCCGUGGCAGAAGGCCGCGGCAGACGACCCCAGAUAUGUACGCUACCUCUCGUGGCAUUCAAGCGCGAUGCCCAUAAAAAGACAGCCGAAAUUGUUUAAACUGAUUUCAUCAAAGGCUCAAAGACUGUUCAAGAAGUUCUUGGAACCACGCGUGGAUAGAAGACCUGCAGGAUUAGCCGAAGUGUAUCGAUUCCUGGAGGAUAGGUGGAUGUCGAAAGGUGGGGCCGACAAAAACAACGCAUCUACAGCUCAAGACGACGGCCUGUGUCCAUCAAUGUAUAGCUUUCACAGUAGUCCAGAGGAGAAAAACAAACUACUGUUCACUCUGACACAGUACGGCAUUGAAACAACAGUUGACAGAAGCGCGAAGAAAGACAGAAUACGGCAGUGGAUUCAGGCGAGCGUAAUCGAAGAAGAGGUGGACGAGCAGGAGACAAACGGAGGUGGUGAAGUGAUCAAGGUAACUGCGGCAGCUCCGAUUGGUGAAGGUCCAAGCGGCAGAACUGCCGUUUUUGAAAGUAAAACCAAAAGAAGAGAAAGGCGACCACUUCCAACCAAGAACAAAGACGAAGUUUAUACUCCUCCCGUUGAUCCCCGAAUUCCUUUAGACCAACAAAGAAUUAAAAAAGAAAACUUAGCUAAUGGUAUCAUACCCAUUUUAAAAACGGCAGUGAACGGAUCCGUAACGGACGAAGUUAAUGGCAAUAGCAAAGCAAAAAACGUGCAAUUUGACAUUGGGCCCUUUCAGAAUCUUAACUUGAUAAAUACAGGAGAAACCAGAAAUGUUGUAAAUUACGGCAUCAGCGUGCAGAUUCCGCAAUCUUCUACAAUGUUCGCUUCUAAUGAAGAUACCCCAAAACCCCCCGCACGGAAGGGCUCGAGUAAGAAUGGAAAGUUAAAAUCUCCCACAUUUCAGAGGAAGAAAAGCACUUAGCGGUUACUAGUGUGUGAAACGGAGAUUUGACACACAUAGCCCUCAGAUCAAGAUCGCCUUUCUACCCUCGAACCGAAGACGACUGCAUUUAUGUAUGGUAGAAGAACGUGCGAGGUUAGAGAAAAAUCCUUAAGUGUAAACUGUGAUAUGGGUGGAGCCAUUUCCGGUGAAUGUGAGAUGUGUAUUAUUAAGAAGAGUACACACCUGGAUAGUGGUUUCCUGCACCCUCGUACCACAUCAAAUAUUUUUAGACUGACUGGAGCGACCUAGUUUUCCAAAAAAAGAUGUAUUAUAAUUAGCUAUAUAAUGCUGUAAAAUAAAUGAGCUGGCUAAAAUCAUCUGGAUU